AUGGCUUAUAAUUAUUUAAUUGAAUUCAGUUUUGCUGGUAAAGUUCACGACGCAACUUUAUCGCAAGAUAUGAGACAAGCAGCUUUUAGGGCAUUUGCAUCAUUAGGAGCUAAUGAUGAAGAUAUACGGAAAAGAAUUAUUGAAACUGAAAAUUUGAUGGAAUUAAUAGUUUCGGGUCUUCAGGAUCCAGCUGGAUCAAAAGUUAGAUUGGCAGCUGUACGAUGUCUUCAUUCAUUAUCUAGAAGUGUUCAACAAUUAAGGACAACAUUUCAAGAUCACGCUGUAUGGAGACCACUAAUGCAACUACUUCAUGGUGCAGAUACUGGAUUAGAUGGAAAAAGCUGUGAAGAAGAUGAUUUACUUACUGUUGCUUCAGGUACAUUGUGUAAUUUGUUGCUAGAAUUUAGUCCGAGCAAAGAACCUAUCCUCGAAUCAGGUGGAGUUGAACUAUUAUGUUCUUUAACGAAACGAUCAGAUCCUGCACUUCGACUAAAUGGAAUUUGGGCUCUAAUGAAUGUAGCAUUUCAAGCUGAGCAAAGAGUGAAAUCUCAAAUUUUAGGAUGUCUGGGAACAGAUCAAAUAUUUCGCCUACUUGCAGAUCCUGAACUAGCAAUUUUAAUGAAAACCUUAGGAUUGUUGCGAAAUCUUUUAUCAACAAAAGCUCAUAUCGAUAGAAUAAUGGCUGAUCAUGCGGCUCAUGUAAUGCAAGCUGUAAUUUUAGUUCUUGAAGACCCCAUGCACCCUCCAGAUGUAAAAGAACAAGCACUGUGUAUUCUUGCAAAUGUUGCCGAUGGGGAUAGAGCCAGAGAUCACAUCAUGGCUAAUGAAGAUGUUUUAAAAAAAUUGAUGGACUACAUGAUGCAUAUCAAUGUUAAACUGCAGAUAGCAGCAAUAUUUUGCGUAUGCAAUCUAGUAUGGCGUGAAGAACCAGGAGCAGCGCAGCGUCAAAGUCGCUUGAAGGAGUUGGGUUUAUAUAGAAUUCUGUUGCAACUACGGCAUACAAAGGACACGCAACUAUUUGAUAAGGUGAAAACAGCACUUGCUCAGUUUUUUGAUGCAUAAGUAAGAAGCUACUAAAUUGAAGAUUCAAAGCGGAACUACGAAGAAUCUAAAUUAUGUACCCGGAUGAUAGUUUCCAGAAUGUAUAUUUUUUUUUAUACUAAUUUAUAUCAGAAAUUGUAUUUGGGUUUAAAAAAAAGUUAUCACACAUAUGAUUCAAUUUAAAAAGUUUACUGGAAAAAAAAUUUUGCAUGAUUUAAAAUGUGAGGAGUUACAAAAUACUGUACGAAUAUAGUUAAGUGUCAAUAACUUGGUUCUCUAUUAUAUGCAAUCUAUUUGAAUGAUUAUUCCUAAAUUUUUUUUUCUUAUCUGGCCGUCUUUUAUAUUGA